UUAGGAGUAACGUACUCCACAAGCGAUGGCUCACACAAGCGAGUGGCUCACUUUUGCCAAGACUACACCAACACUACAACUACUUUACAACAUUACAGCACACAACAACAAUAUUAUGUACUACACAGUAUAUUGCACUAAUCUACAGUACUUUGCGCAUCUUUCUUACACAUUGUCCUAUUGUGCCCUGCCUUGCUACACAUGCUAUAGUGUCUUAAUAACUAAGUGCUGCUAUUAGCACCUCCUCUCUUCUUUACCUUCUUCCUAUUACUAUAGGCCUUAAACUCCUUUAGAGUAGUUAG